GCCCGGGUUCCGGCCUCUGGCAGUGGCUGCAGCCAUGCUGAACUCACUGUUCUUAGUGGCAUCACUGUCCCUGCUGGUGAUGCCUGUCCCUAGCCAUGCCUGGUCACGGCCCCUCUGGUACCAAGUGGGGCUGGACUUGCAGCCCUGGGGCUGCCAGCCAAACAGCCUGGAUAGCUGUAGGAGCAGUCUCGGCUGCCCUGGUUACUGGAUGGCCCUGGGAGGAAACCGCGUCUACCCCGUGGCUGGGAUCACGAUCACCACCACCAUGAUGCUGGUCGUCUCCCGUGUGAUGUUGUACCGGUGGCGUUCUCGGGUCGCCAAGGGUCAGCUCCCACAGGUGACCUCCAGCUCCUGCAAACACUGGAGACGGCAGGCAGCUGUCUCAGACCGCACCCUGGUCCUUAGGGUCCUUCACAUGCUGGACGCCAUCCUGGUCCACAUUGAGGGCCACCUGCAGCGCCUGGCUUCCCAGCAACAAAUGCAAAUAAAAGGGACUCCCGCUCAGUCUGGGUGACCCAAUACAG